UACUACUGAGUAACCUAUUAUGUAAAAAGUUAAUUUUUCACUACAUUUUUUCCUGGCUUAAAAGAGGUCAUCUUGUAUUUUUUUAAAGCCCACAUUCUGUUUAGAGUUCCUUUUCAUGCUGAAAUGCUCAGGUUUCAUAUAAGGUGUUGUAUAUUAUUGUGCUAGGAUUAGAAUGAUGUUAUUAUAGGCAUGGAUUGAUUUACUUUGAACUGAAAAGUGUGAAAUCAGCAGUGAGUAUGUUAAUGUGUAUCUUUUUCAGGUGUGUACAGGUCCCUUCCAUGAACAGAAGCAUGCUGAUAAUGUUAAGCAUUGAUUUGAAGUUCAUAAUGUGAUAUUAGAGAAUGAGAGAUUGCUUCCAAAUUUACUCCCAAACUAUGGGAAUCCUUUUAAAUUUGGUAGCAGUUCAUUUAGUUCAAGUGCCAUUAUAUACAAAAGAAUCCUUUGAAAAUUAACUAAAACUUACCCCUUGGCUGAUUAAUUCUGGCAGACAUAGUUUCAUACCUGUAAACUAUUAAUAGACCAGGUAACCCUAGCCAUGUGAUUAAAGCAGACUAUUUAUCCAGAGUUUAGAUUCCAAAUUAAUUAGAUACAUUGCACUAAAAUUAUUCCUUACUGUUCCAGUUUUUACGAAAUUUAUAUCUUUUGCUCUUCUCUCUUGGUCUUUUUAAAAUAGUCUAUGAGGGACUUCCUUUGUGGUUCAGUGGUUAAGACUUCAACUUCCAACGCAGAGGGUGCGGGUUCGAUCCCUGGUCAGGAAGCAAAGAUCCCACAUGCCUGGCGGCCAAAAAACCAAAAUAUAAAACAGAAGCAACAUUGUAAAAAAUUCAAUAAAGACUAAAAAUGGUCCACAUCAAAAAAAAAAAAUCUUAAAAAAAAAGCCUAUGAUACUUUCUUUGAGGAAAGCUCUAAAAGUAUUCAUUUACCUAAAGUGAUGUGAUCUUUGCAUAAUAAUAUUUUCUGUUACUAUGACUCCAUUGUGGUAAUAGUAAUUGUGAUUACUAUUUUUGUAAUUUUGACCAAAGAGGUAAGAAACAAAGACAGAUCUGUGCUUGGUAUUACAUAAUUUUGUUAAAGAAGCAAAACUUUUUUGGAAUGACCAGCAAUAAGAAGCAAAUGUUGAAUUGCAUGAAGCUCUGUAUUGAAUUGAGGAAGUCAGUCUUCUCUAUAUAUGUAAUUUGGAGAAAACUUAUAAAUAGUUAAUAUGAUGCCCUUAUACCGUAAUCAAAAGUAGGAGUAAAGAUAACAACUGGAAGAAUUGCUGGGAUUAUGUGUUGACUGAUUUUUUUUUUUCUGUGUUUUUCUUCACGGUAGGUCCUUGUUGGUUAUCUGUUUUAAAUAUAGCAGUGUGUACAUGUCAGUCCCAAACUCCCAAUCGAAGAUUGAUUGAUUUUAUAGUCAGUUUGCUAGUUAUUUAAAAAACAUAUUCGUCCAAACAAUAUUAAGUCAUUUUGUGAGUUUUACUUCAAUUUUCUUGAUAAGCUACCUCAAAAGUGUCAGGAUUAUAAGAGAAUCUUAAUUUUGACUGUUUCCAGUUUUAUUUUAGGAAACUUUGAGGCCUUAGCUCAUCAAAUUUUUAUUUAGUGAUUAACUGCCUUUUAUUUCACACUUUAAAAGGGUGAAAAACACAACAUGGUUAUUCAUAGCAUUUGCAAUUGAUAAAGUUAUAGGUGAAAGAAAAAUAUUUCAAGGAGAAGUAGAUUGUUAGGUCUGUGUAUCUGUUACAUUUAAUGUAAGAUGCUAAACUCUACUUCUUUUAGACUAUCCCAUCUCUUCUUUCUGCCCAAGGAAAAACACAUUAACUAAAGUAUUUUCUAGAUUGCUUAUUCAAGUGCUGAGUUUUCUGUAUGUGUAAAAAGGCUUCUGAUAAUAUCCUUAACACGCUGGUACACAAUCAGGAGGUUCUGUUUGUUCUUUAGGUCAAAUAUUUGCGAGAUCUAUAAAUAGUUCUGUAUUUAGAUAUGUUGCCUGCUUCUUUAUAAAAUUUCCAUUUCUUUAGCUAGAAUGAAAUGGAAAAACAGAUCCAGACAGUGCUAUUGAUUUGUAUCGUAGUGGGUGGGGGGAGAUUAACAGGAAGUUAUGAGUCAGAUCCAGCAAAAUGAGUAAUUUUUGGAUGUUGAGCUAUCAAAAGUGUCUUUCAGUGACCAAAAAAGAUAUUCAAAGCUGUUUCCCAAAGAACAACUCUUAAGAUUUUUUUCUGUGUUAACUGUUGAAGUACAAUUUAUACAUUAUAUAAUUCCUACCGCUUCUGUGCCUAUCUGCUUAGUGAUGUAACCAUUUUUUCUGUCCCAAAAGAACCUAUUUAUUCAUUCCUAAAUCAUUUACAUUUUCUGAGUUUUUUGUUCAUUUGUUUUGUCCGUUUUGUUUGUUUUUUGCCUCUCAAACAUUUUAGUCUUUAUAGGAAUUUCUACCAAAUACUGUGUUGGGACAGAUAAAGUGAUGAUCAGUCAUCUUAGCUCCCUGUUGGUAGCUCUGGUAUAAAAUAAUUUGAACAAGAAGGCUAAUAUAUUUGAUGAAAGUGACAGGUAUAAGUUAAAAUGUGCAGAUUCAAAUUCUUAUUUUCCUUGACCCCCAUGAAGUGAGAGUGAGCCAGAAAAUCAUGUUCAAUCAUUUGCUCAACAAAUGAUUAUUGAAUACCUACCAUGUAAUUGGUACUUCUGGGUGCUGGAGAUGGGGUCAUGAACAAGACCAAAAAGUCCCUCAAGAGACUUUCUAGGGCUGAGGGAUAGCCAAUAAACCACUAAAAAAACAAAUAAGUAAUGCACCGUCAGAGUGUGAUGGUGCUCAGGAGAAAAAUAAAUCAGGCUAAAGGGAUAGAGACUACAGGGGUGUGAUGUCCAAGUUCUAGUUUACGUAGGUAGGGUGAUCAGAGGAGGCCUCUCCCAAGGGGAGACAUUUGAAAAGAAUACUAUUUGAAGCAAGGAAGUAAAACAUGCAGAUGUCAGGAGGAAGAGGGUUCCAGACAAAAGGAACAAGAGCAGAGGCCCUGAAAUAGGGGAGAUAUGUCCAUGUUAGAUGAAUAGCAGGAUGGACAGCAUAACACAGAAGGCAGCAGAAUAAGUGAAGGGUGGAGUGGAUGGUAACCAGGACCCAAAUCACAUCAGACCUCAGAAGCUAAGGUGAGCACUUCGGAUGGGAUUCUAAGUGUAAUGGGAAGCCAUUGGAUAGCUGAGAGCAUAGAGAGCUAUGAUCAGAUUUACAUUUUAAUGGGAUUACUCUGAAAGUCAGAUAUAGAUUUCUUCAAGGUUGUACCCUUCAGGGCUUGCUGCUCAUUCAGAUGUGGGAUUUGUAAGAGGAAUAAAAAAUGACUCCAAGUUGUGUCCUAAGCAACCAGUUGAGUGAGAGAAGGUUGCACGUAAGGAAAAGGUAUCAAGAAUUUGGUUUUAGACAUAUUAGGUUAAAGAUGCAUGUUAACAUCCAAGUAGAACACUCACCUAGGCAGGUGAGUAGAAUUAGAAUUCAGGGGAGAGCCUGGAGUUAUGGAAAUGUAAGAUAAUUAAGGCCAGGUGACUACGUGAGAUCAGGUAGGUAUAUGACGUGUACAUGGAGACUAGAAAAAUGUGGAGGUCUGAGCACUGUUGUAAGUCUAACAUUAAGAGACUAGAAAUGAAGGAGGAUCCAGCAAAAGAGGCUAAGAAGGAGGAGCCAGUGAAGUAGAAGGAAAAUAAAAAGAGUGUAGUUUCCCAGAAGUCAGAUGUUUAAGAAGAGGAAUGACUGAGCAACUAUGUUAUGUGAUGCUUGGUGGUCAAGUAAGAUGCAAACUGAAAAUUAUCCUUUGCCUUUGAUAACACAGAAGCGGUCAUUUUUGUGACUAGUUUUGGUGAAAUGGUAAGGACUCAAACUAUUGGUCUGAGUCCAAAAGAGAGUGGGAAAUGGAGUAGAGAUAAAAUUUAAAGGACAGUUUUGAAGAAAUUUACUCUAAAAGACAGCAGAAAAAUGAGAUAGAAUCUGAAAGGGGAUGUGGAACCAAAGGAGGAUUUUUUUGUUCUAAGUAGAAAAUAGUCCAGCAUGUUUCUAUGCAAAUGAGAAUAGCCUAGUGUAUGUAUGAGACUGUUGAUGCAUGUGAGAGGGUACUUGCAGGAGCGAAGUCUUUGGGUCGGGGAGAGGGCUGGAAUCCCAUGCACAAUAGAGGUUUGACAUCUGUACAAGUGUGCAGGAGAUCCAUUCAUUGUAACAGAAAAGACAGCAGAACAUAUGGAUGUAGAUUUGGAAAGUCCAGUAGUAGAAGGAUAAGGAAGUUAUUUCCUGAUUGCUUCUUAUUUCACCAAGAAAAUUGAAGGAAAUUCAUCAGUUGAGAGAAGACGAGGGAGAAAGCAUUGGAGCUUUGAAAAGAAAAGAGAAGGAAGAAAAUUUGAAAUAGUUCUCUAAGAAAAUGAAUCACCAGGCAGUACUAAGAACCCAUUGAGAUCAGUCAGCAUGGUUCUCUAGUUUUAUGAGAGUUGAGGUCAUAUGCAAAGGGAUGAUUUUAAUGAUGGGCCUUAGAAUUCAGGCAAUGUAAGGGCAAGAGAGGGUUAAUAGGGAGAAAGUGGUAGAGUCAAUGGACUAAGAUGCGUGAUAGAGUCAAUGAAUUAUUUGAAGGAGAGUGUUAGAGCAAGUGAGCUAGAAAAAAUAAGGAGAUUAGAUAGAGAGGGUAUUUAAAGAUAGAAAUAGGAAAUUUUAGAGGUGGUGCAGUUAUUGUUGAUAGCCAGCAUAGAAUAACAUGGGAGUAGAUUGCUGACUGUGGUGGAGGAGGCCAGGGUGUUGGAGGACUCUGCAAUUUCUGUAACACCACCAUGAAUGAUGACAUCAGCAGAGGUGAAGACCACUGAGUCAGACAUUAUGAAACACCCUUUGAAGGCAGCUUAAUUAAUCAAGAGAUUAUGCUAAAACGGCAAGAAGAAGAAAUGAUGCAGCUGCAAGCCAGAAUGGCCCUUAGACAGUCUCGAUUGAGCCUGUAUCCUGGAGACGCAAUCAGAGCUUCCAUGCUUGACAUCACCAGGGAUCCCUUAAGAGAAAUGGCCCUAGAAACAGCCAUGACCCAAAGAAAACUGAGAAAUUUCUUUGGCCCUGAGUUUGUGAAAAUGACGAUUGAACCAUUUAUAUCUUUGGAUUUGCCACGGUCUAUCCUUACCAAGAAAGGGAAGAAUGAGGAUAACCGAAGGAAAGUAAACGUAAUGCUUCUGAGUGGACAGAGACUGGAACUGACUUGUGAUACCAAAACUAUAUGUAAAGAUGUGUUUGAUAUGGUUGUGGCCCAUAUUGGCUUAGUGGAACAUCAUUUGUUCGCUUUAGCUACUCUGAAAGAUAAUGAAUAUUUCUUUGUUGAUCCUGAUCUAAAAUUAACCAAAGUGGCCCCAGAGGGAUGGAAAGAAGAACCAAAGAAAAAGAGCAAAGCCUCCAUUAAUUUUACUUUGUUUUUUCGAAUUAAAUUUUUCAUGGAUGAUCUUAGUCUAAUACAACAUACUCUGACCUGUCAUCAGUACUAUCUUCAGCUGCGAAAAGAUAUCUUGGAGGAAAGGAUGCACUGUGAUGAUGAGACUUCUUUAUUGCUAGCAUCCUUGGCUCUCCAAGCUGAGUAUGGAGAUUAUCAACCAGAGGUUCAUGGUGUGUCUUAUUUUAGACUGGAGCAUUAUUUGCCUCCCAGAGUGAUGGAGAAACUUGAUUUAUCCUAUAUUAAAGAAGAGUUACCGAAAUUGCAUAAUACCUAUGCGGGAGCGUCUGAAAAAGAGACGGAGUUAGAAUUUUUAAAGGUCUGCCAGAGACUGACAGAAUAUGGAGUUCAUUUUCACCGGGUGCACCCUGAGAAAAAGUCACAAACGGGAAUACUGCUUGGAGUCUGCUCUAAAGGUGUCCUUGUGUUUGAGGUUCACAAUGGAAUUCGCACAUUGGUCCUUCGCUUUCCAUGGAGGGAAACCAAGAAGAUUUCUUUUUCCAAAAAGAAAAUCACAUUGCAAAAUACAUCAGAUGGAAUAAAACACGCCUUCCAGACAGACAACAGUAAGAUAUGCCAGUACCUGCUGCACCUCUGCUCUUCCCAGCAUAAGUUCCAGCUGCAAAUGAGAGCAAGACAGAGCAACCAAGAUGCCCAGGAUAUUGAGAGAGCUUCGUUUAGGAGCCUGAAUCUCCAAGCAGAGUCCGUUAGAGGAUUUAAUAUGGGACGAGCAAUCAGCACUGGUAGUCUGGCCAGCAGCACCCUGAACAAACUUGCCGUUCGACCUCUGUCCGUGCAAGCUGAGAUUCUGAAGAGACUAUCCUGCUCAGAGCUGUCGCUUUACCAGCCACUGCAAAACAGUGCAAAAGAGAAGAGUGACAGAGCUUCAUGGGAGGAAAAGCCUAGAGGGAUGAGUAAAUCGUACCACGAUCUCAGUCAGGCCUCUCUCUAUCCUCAUCGGAAAAAUGUCACUGUUAACAUGGAAUCCCCACCACAGACCAUUGCGGAGGUGGUAGGAAAACCAUUUCACCAGAUGGCGAGAUCUGAUACAGAAUCUUUGGCAGGAUUCGCAAAACUUAAUAAUUCAAAGUCUGUUGCAAGUUUAAAUAGAAGUCCUGAAAGGAGGAAACAUGAAUCAGACUCUUCAUCCUUUGAAGACCCUGGUCAAGCAUAUGUUCUAGGAAUGACUUUGCCUAGUUCUGGAAAUUCUUCAUCCCAAGUACCCUUAAAAGAAAAUGAUGUGCUGCACAAAAGAUGGAGCAUAGUAUCUUCACCAGAAAGGGAGAUCACCCUGGUUAACCUGAAAAAAGAUGCAAAAUAUGGCUUAGGAUUUCAAAUUAUUGGUGGAGAGAAGAUGGGAAGACUGGAUCUAGGUGUAUUUAUCAGUUCAGUUACUCCUGGAGGACCAGCUGACUUGUAUGGAUGCUUAAAGCCAGGAGACCGUUUGAUAUCUGUGAAUAGUGUGAGUCUGGAGGGGGUCAGCCAUCAUGCUGCAAUUGAAAUUUUGCAAAAUGCACCUGAAGACGUGACACUUGUUAUCUCUCAGCCAAAAGAAAAGAUAUCCAAAGUGCCUUCUACUCCUGUGCACAUUGCCAAUGGCACGAAAAACUACAUGAAGAAAGCUUCCUACAUGCAAGACAGUGCUAUAAAUUCUUCUGAGGAUCACUGCUGGCCACGUGGCACCCCGCAGCACAUCUCAGAGAGCUCAUUUGGGCUGUCUGGGGGCCUGCGAGAGGGAAGCCUGAGUUCUCAAGAUUCCAGGACUGAGAGUGCCAGCUUGUCCCAGAGCCAGGUCAAUGGUUUCUUUGCCAACCAUGUAGGUGACCGAAGCUGGCAGGAAUCACAGCACGGCAGCCCUUCCCCAUCUGUGAUAUCCAAAGCCACUGAGAAAAAGCGGACUUCAGUUGACAACAACCGAAGCAAAGCUAAAAAAUCAGGCAUUUCUGAUGCAACAGAUUACUCUGACCGUGGAGAUUCAGACAUGGAUGAAGCCACUUACUCCAGCAGUCAGGAUCAUCAAACACCAAAAAAGGAAUCUUCCUCCUCAAUGAAUACAUCCAACAAAAUGAAUUUUAAAACUUUUCCUUCAUCACCUCCUAAACCUGGAGAUAUCUUUGAGGUUGAACUGGCUAAAAAUGAUAACAGCUUGGGGAUAAGUGUCACGGUACUGUUUGACAAGGGAGGUGUGAAUACCAGUGUCAGACAUGGUGGCAUUUAUGUGAAAGGUGUUAUUCCCAAGGGAGCAGCAGAGUCGGAUGGCAGAAUUCACAAAGGUGAUCGUGUCCUAGCUGUCAAUGGAGUUAGUCUGGAAGGAGCUACCCAUAAGCAAGCUGUGGAAAUGCUAAGAAAUACAGGACAGGUGGUUCAUCUGUUAUUAGAAAAGGGACAGUCUCCAGCAUCCAAAGAACAUGUCCCCAUAACGCCGCAGUGCACCCUCUCAGAUCCAGAUGCCCAAGGUCAAGCCUCAGAAAAAAUGAUGAAGAAAAUGGCUCAUAUUAAAGACUACAGCUUUGUUACUGAAGAGAAUACAUUUGAGGUGAAACUGAUUAAAAAUAGCUCAGGCCUAGGGUUCAGUUUUUCUCGAGAAGAUAAUCUUAUACCCGAGCAAAUGAAUACCAGCAUAGUAAGGGUUAAAAAGCUCUUUCCGGGACAGCCAGCAGCAGAAAGUGGACAAAUUGAUGUGGGAGAUGUUAUCUUGAAAGUGAAUGGAGCCUCUUUGAAAGGACUGUCUCAGCAGGAAGUCAUAUCCGCUCUCAGGGGAACAUCUCCAGAAGUAUCCUUGCUUCUCUGUAGACCUUCACCUGGUGUGCUACCAGAAAUCGACCCUGCUCUUUUGACUCCACUGCACUCUCCAGUACAAGCACCUCUAAACAGCAGUAAAGACCCUCCUCAGACAGCAUGUGUGGAGCAAGGCACAAGCUCAGAUGAAAAUGAAAUAUCUGACAAAAGCAAGAAACCAAGCAUGUCGCCAUCCAGGAGAGACAGUUAUAGUGACAGUAGUGGAAGCGGAGAAGACGACUUAGUGAAAGCUCCAGCAGAGAUACGCAAUAUGAGCUGGAGUUCAGCGUUGCAUCAGACUUUAAGCAACAUGGUGUCACAGGCACAAAGUCAGCACACUGCACUCAGGCGUCAAGAAGAUGCCAUUUGUACCAUGUUUUACUAUCCUCAGGAGGUACCUAAUAAAGCAGAACUUGAGGACAGUAAUCCUUCCCCUCGACCACCGGAUGUAACUCCUGGGCAGAGUUGUCAGUCUCAAUCAGAAUCUGCUUCCACUAAUACAAUGGAUAAAUAUCACGUACGUCACACAUCUGAGCCAACCAGCCAAGAAAGCUUCACAUCUUUGAAAAAUGACUUGGAAAACCACCUUGAAGACUUUGAACUGGAAGUGGAACUCCUCAUUACCCUAGUUAAGUCAGAAAAAGGAAGCCUGGGCUUUACAGUAACCAAAGGCAAUGAGAGUAUUGGCUGUUAUGUUCAUGAUGUCAUUCAGGAUCCAGCCAAAAGUGAUGGAAGGCUAAGACCUGGAGACCGGCUCAUAAAGGUUAAUGAUACAGAUGUUACAAACAUGACUCACACAGAUGCAGUGAAUCUACUCCGAGCUGCGCCUAAGACAGUCAGAUUAGUUCUUGGCCGAGUUCUAGAAUUACCCAGGAUGCCAGUGCUCCCUCAUCUGCUACCUGACAUUACAUUUAUCUGCAACAAAGAGGAGCUGGGUUUUUCCUUAUCUGGAGGUCAUGACAGCUUUCAUCAAGUGGUAUAUGUUAGUGAUAUCAAUCCGAAGUCAGUUGCAGCCACUGAGGGUAAUCUCCAGCUCUUAGACAUCAUCCACUAUGUGAAUGGAGUCAGCACACAAGGAAUGACCCUGGAAGAAGCUAAGAGAGCAUUAGACAUGUCACUUCCUUCAGUGGUGCUGAAAGCAACAAGAGAUGGUCAUCCGGUGGUUCCCAGUUCUAAGAGGUCUACUGUUUCAGCUCCAAAGUCAGCCAAAGCCAAUGGUCAUCACAUUGUGGAGCCUUGUGGCAAACCUGCGCUCACACCUAAUAAUUCAUUCUCCAAGGUUAAUGGGGAAGAAAUAAUUGAAAUUUUGUACCCUGAAGGAAAAUGUUCUACCUAUCAGAUGAAGGAAUCAGCAAACCUGAUUCUGUCCAAAGAAUCUGAUGUACAAGAAGAUGACAUUUAUGAUGAUCCUCAAGAAGCUGAAGUUAUCCAGUCUCUGCUGGAUGUUGUGGAUGAGGAAGCUCAGAAUCUUUUAAACCAAAAUAAUGCAGCAGGAGAUGCCUGUGUUCCAGGUGCAUUGAAAACCAGUGGGAAGUUAUCUGAAGAGAGAGCAGAAGAUACAGACUGUGAUGGUUCACCUUUACCUGAAGAUUUUACAGAGUCUACCAGGAUGAAUGGCUGUGAAGAAUAUUGUGAAGAAAAAGUAAAAACUGAAAGCUUAAUUCAAAAGUCAGAAGAAAAGAAGACUGAUGAUGAAAUAACAUGGGGAAGUGAUGAAUUGCCAAUAGAAACGACAAACCACCAAGAUUCCAAUAAAGGUCUUCCUUUUCUGACAGAUGAGGAGCUCACCACACUCCCCAUCGUCAAAGUGCUUCCCUCUGGUAAAUACACUGGUACCAAGUUGAAAUCAGUCAUUCGAGUGUUGCGGGGUUUACUAGAUCAAGGAAUUCCAUCUAAGGAGCUGGAGAAUCUUCAAGAAUUAAAACCUUUGGAUCAGUGUCUAAUUGGACAGACUAAGGAAAACAGAAAGAAGAACCGAUAUAAAAAUAUACUUCCCUAUGAUGCUACAAGAGUGCCUCUUGGAGACGAAGGUGGUUAUAUCAACGCCAGCUUCAUUAAGAUACCAGUGGGGAGAGAAGAAUUUGUCUACAUUGCCUGCCAAGGACCUCUCCCUACAACCGUUGGAGAUUUCUGGCAGAUGAUUUGGGAACAAAAAUCCACUGUGAUAGCCAUGAUGACCCAAGAAGUAGAAGGGGAAAAAAUCAAAUGCCAGCGCUAUUGGCCUAAUGCCCUAGGUAAAACGACCAUGGUCAGCGACAGGCUUCGACUGGCUCUUGUGAGAGUGCAGCAGCUGAAGGGCUUUGUAGUAAGGGCCAUGACCCUAGAAGACAUUCAGACAGGAGAAGUGCGAUCUAUCUCUCAUCUGAAUUUCACUGCCUGGCCAGACCAUGACACACCUUCUCAGCCGGACGACUUGCUCACUUUUAUCUCUUACAUGAGACACGUUCAUAGAUCGGGCCCAAUCAUCACACACUGCAGCGCUGGCAUCGGACGUUCAGGGACCCUGAUAUGCAUAGAUGUGGUUCUAGGAUUAAUCAGUCAAGAUCUUGAAUUUGACAUCUCUGAUUUAGUGCGCUGCAUGAGACUACAAAGACAUGGAAUGGUUCAGACAGAGGAUCAGUAUAUUUUCUGCUAUCAAGUCAUCCUUUAUGUCCUGACACGUCUUCAAGCUAAAGAAGAACAAAAAGAGCAGCUCCAGCCUCUGAAAUGACAUGAGAAGAACAGCCUUCUGGAUGUCUGUCCAUUUCUCUCCCAACUUCCAGUAGACGCUCCUGCUGUCUGUUUAAAAUAAAGAUCACAGGGCAGCAAGUCCAUAAAACAUCAUUAUGCUUAUUCUCCUCUACCUUAGAGGGGCAUUCUUAAUAACAGUCAAUAAUGGUAAGUGCUGUAAUUUUACAGCUACUUUAACCUGUGAUAAUUAUCAAAGAUUUUUUGACACUAACUGAAUAAUGCAGAUCUUAGGGAUGAUUAAAGUCACAUUUGAUUAUAGUUGACAUUGUUACAGGGACACACUGAGUCUAUUUUUAAUGCACCAAUCUUGUUUAUAGCAAAAUUAUUUUCCAGUAUUUUUUAAAAACUAGAGCUAUUUUAUAGGGGAUACUUGAAACCAGUAUUUAAGCUUUAAAUGACAGUAAUAUUUGGCAUAGAAAAAAAAGUAGCAGAUGUUUAUAUCAAUUUCUAAUGUUUACUAUCUAGAACUUCCUGUAUUUAUAUACUUUUUCAUGAAAAUGGAUAUAUCAAAUGUUUGUAACUGCAUCAUGUUAUACAUCAUCUCACUUUGUAAAUAAAAAUACACUUUAAACAUGAACAAGCCAAAAGUGUG